ACAGCACUCAAUGAUCGACCAUCCAUGACCAGCCUGGGCCCGCUGUGUUGCUUUUUUCUUUUUGACAAAGCUCCUAUCGGUGGCGAAGGAAUCAGCUACUGCCAGCCUGUCACGUUGGAGCAUGAUCCCAGUGCCUAUCGCGGAGGGGUAAGUAGACCGCUGUUACGAAAGAGUACUUAAGCCUGGUAGAUCUCCUCCGCUUCCCAACUUCUCAUCCCUUGCGCUCUCUCUUUGUCCAUUCCGUCCUCCCCCUCCAAUCAUCCCCUUCACCCCCUCAUCAUGGCGACCGCAACUGUGCUCGAAAAGGCCAACAUUGGCGUCUUCACAAACACUAAGCAUGACUUGUGGGUUGCGGAAGCGAAGCCCACUCUUGAGGAGGUCAAGAGCGGCGAGGCAUUGAAGCCUGGCGAGGUUACCAUCGAAGUUCGCAGUACCGGAAUCUGCGGGUCCGAUGUUCACUUCUGGCAUGCAGGCUGCAUUGGGCCUAUGAUCGUCACAGGAGACCAUAUCCUGGGUCACGAGUCCGCCGGCCAAGUCGUGGCUGUUGCGCCCGAUGUCACCUCGCUGAAGCCCGGCGACCGUGUUGCCGUCGAGCCGAACAUCAUUUGCAACGCCUGUGAACCCUGCCUGACUGGUCGCUACAAUGGCUGUGAAAAAGUUCUCUUCCUUUCCACCCCUCCUGUCGACGGCCUGCUGCGUCGCUAUGUCAACCACCCGGCCAUCUGGUGCCACAAGAUUGGCGAUAUGAGUUAUGAAGAUGGUGCGCUCUUGGAACCUCUGAGUGUGUCACUGGCGGGUAUUGAGCGCAGUGGCCUUCGUCUGGGUGACCCAUGCCUGGUCACUGGCGCUGGCCCCAUUGGCCUCAUCACCCUGUUGAGUGCCCGUGCUGCUGGAGCUAGCCCCAUUGUCAUCACCGACAUCGACGAGGGUCGGUUGGAGUUCGCCAAGUCGCUGGUGCCUGACGUCCGCACCUACAAGGUGCAGAUCGGUCUCUCUGCCGAGCAGAACGCAGAGGGCAUCAUCAAUGUCUUCAACGAUGGAGAGGGCUCUGGUCCCGGCGCCUUGAGGCCUCGCAUCGCCAUGGAGUGCACUGGAGUGGAGAGCAGUGUUGCUUCUGCCAUUUGGAGUGUCAAGUUCGGCGGCAAGGUCUUCGUGAUCGGUGUGGGAAAGAACGAGAUGACCAUCCCGUUCAUGCGCCUAAGUACCUGGGAGAUUGACCUGCAGUAUCAGUACCGGUACUGCAACACCUGGCCUCGCGCGAUCCGUCUGGUGAAGAACGGUGUCAUUGACUUGAAGAAGCUUGUGACACACCGUUUUCCCUUGGAGGAUGCUAUCAAGGCCUUUGAGACGGCCGCCAACCCCAGGACUGGAGCCAUCAAGGUCCAGAUUAUGAGCUCGGAAGAGGAUGUCAAGGCUGCUUCUGCUGGUCAGAAGAUCUAACAGCCAUAUUGAUGAACAUGCCUUGGAUGUUUCGCUUGGUGGCUGGUCCUCUUUGAUGCCUUUCACGUUCAUGACAUAUUCUUUUUGGUUGGCUUUGAUGAUGGAUUUCAUGUAAUUUUUCUUUGGUCGUUUUUGGUUGCUUUGGCUAGAGAUCCUUGCUGUGGAGCAUAGAGAUUGACGUAGAAUUCCAUUCCCUGUCUUUUCGCAGUUGAUCCGGACGCCUUAAUCUGAUGUGUCGCAGAUAGUCCGUCUUGGGACGAUUGCUACACCGUGAAGCAUGAUGCGGGAAGCAUGAAGCCACAAGAAAGAAUAAUGCGGGACUGUAAGUUGACCGACCGAAUUUUGU